GUCUGUUUUAAACUGACCAAUCAAUGGUAUUAUAAUAAUUAGUUAAAAACAACGUUCUGCUGCAAGUCGCCCAAUAAAUGACGGAUUUUCCGCGAGUUUCUCAGUUUUCGCGGCUCCGGCGCGCGCUGAGUCCCGUCAGGCUUCUCUGAAGCGGAGCGCGCGCCGGCGGACCGUUUAACGUAACUAACGGUCAUUCGCCUUUCGCCUUCUUACCGAGUGUUUUACUGUAACAUUGGAGGGUUCAGAAAUCCUGCCUGCUCGUGAACACAUUUAGUGCUCUAAGUUCUUUUUUUCCCCAUCAUAUUUAUUUAACAUCUAUGAUGUAUUAAAACACCGGCGUUAGAUACUGUAGUUAUCCAUCGUCAGCGCAGGGCUUCUCAAACACUAACUGGUUUGAAGUUUCUCGAACCUUCUUCAAGUUCAACUACAUUUUUACAAAAAAACGAAAACAGUUUUCUGAGUUCACCCGUGGUCCUCGUGUUUGUUUGAAAUUUGGAGCUGCAAAGAGAAGCAAAUAUAAUCAGGUGGUGAAAUGUGUUCUGUUGUUCUGUCUGUGUCCAGUAAAAUCGAACUCCCGCUUCAUUUACUUCAAGUCCUACUGGCACCUGUGUUUUGUGUGAAAAUGUCCAGCCCAUUGGAGAGGGAGACCUUGCUGGUGGCAAAGGAUUAUGUGGGUUUCUGCACUGGGAUCCGGCAAGACCCUCCAAGCGAGUCAGCCAAAGCCAUGAGACAACUGGCGAAGCAAACGGAGAGGCAACAUCGGUCAACAUUUCAAACCUUAGUGCAGAACUUCUUGGACAACUCUGAACCCGACUUCCUGACCAGUCUGAAGCAGACCAUGGCAGCGCUGGCGCAUGACGGACAGUUGAACUGGGGAAGAGUCGUAGCGCUUUUUGCAUUCGCAGGAAUGCUAGCGAGCGAGCUCUCAUCCCGGGGAGUGGACGUCAGCAACAGAAGGUUAGCGGAGACGAUCGCUCGCUACCUCAGCGAGGAGCACGGAGAAUGGCUUCUGCACAACGGUGGCUGGGUCGGCUUCCUAUCCUUUUUCCACAUGGGGAGAGGUGCGGACUUGGGGUUGUUCCUGAGGAACGCUUUCUUUGCAGUCUCCGUUGCGAGCAUUGCAGGGAUAGCCGCCCUUCUUCGCCCUGGAAGACUUCCUCUGGGGUCCUUGCUUCGGCUGUUUUUUGCCUGAAGGAUCAUGUUCUGAUCCUAGCAAAAGUCAAAUGUAUUCGUUGUCAUAAUUGUUUGUUUUUUUUUUUUUUAAUUCUUGAUUUCUGACCAGUUUUGGAAUUUUUUAUGACGUUCUAGUUCCAGCUUUAACUACUAUGGUCAAAAUCAGCUGGCAUUAGUCAAGCAGCUUUCCUGUAUUUUCCCUGCAGAUGUAUAUAUUUCUUCACUUGUUAUUCUUUUUGAUUUAAUUAAAAAAUUAGCCCAUUAAGAGACUUGUGUGCUCAUCUUUUGAGGACAACUGUUACUACCGCUGUGCUGUUGUGUUUUAGCAUUAUAUGGAAUAUCGUCUUGUUCUUUAGUGGGAAAGACAUAGUUGAGGACAUCAAUCAUUACAUUGUCAAAAAGAGACUUCUAGGGGUGCCGAAAGAACAGUGUAAAAGUGAGUACAGUGCCAUCUCUGAAGCCAUAUGUGAUUGGUGUUCAUGUGAUCACCUUAGAAGUAGUGCUGCUAUUCAUUGAAUUGUUCAAGUUUCUUACAUAUUUCAAGGACUUGCUGCUGAUCUCCAAUUGCUGUGGCGUGAAGAGGAUGGUUUUCCAUGUUCCAAUGUGAAGUGGAAAAAGAGCUGCAGAUGCUAUCAAAUGCUGAAAUAAUGUGUAAAUGUGUUCCAACCUGUUCUG